AAAGAUAAAUGAACUUCCAAACUUCUAUGUACUCAAAAGAUGGGAGAAGAUGUGCAAAAGAGAUAUUGUCUAUGAUGGAGAUGGAAAUCCACUUGAAGAUAACCCCAUUGACUGUAUUGACAUGGAUACAAGAAGAAAGAUCUCUGUUGCACGGAACAAAUUAGAAGAUCUCAUCCGGCAUGCGAAAAACUCAAGUGGAGGACUAGACUUGCUCAAUUCGGGUCUGUGUGAUCUGGAAUCAACUAUUUUCCAGUCUGCACUUGAUGUAGCUCGUACUUCACAAGAAGAACAAGAAUCAUUUGUUGGUAGCUCCUUCCCUACCCAAGUUGAUAUCCUAACACCUACAAAUAUCGACGCGAGGGGCACAUGCUCGAGAAUUAAGGGCCAUAGAGACAAGGAAAAUAAGGCACAACCAAAGAAAAAAUUAGGUGUUACUGUACGGGUGCCACGCAUUUGUGGCACAUGCAAGGAACUUGUGCUACAUGACAGUCGUAAAUGUCCGAAGAAAAAAUGAAAAUGUUUGACUUUUCGAGGUCCUUAAAUCACUGUAUAUAAUCUAGUAUUGGAUUGUUCGUCCCUGGACAUCUCAUGUUGUUGGCAGCUCUGUACUAUGUAGUGAGCUGAAAAACUGAUUCAAUGGACAUAGUAACCAAUCUAGCAUUUUAUGUGAUUUUUAUUUCGCCUAUGGAUUCUCCUAUAACUCUUCAAGUUGUAAAUUCAGUUAUGCA